AUGGGAGUUUCAGGGACCUUAGAUUACCUGUCUGAUUUGAUGAGCAGUGGACAUAAACACAAGAAGAGGAAGCAGUUACAAACUGUGAAUCUCAAGGUCAGAAUGGACUGUGAUGGCUGUGAACUUAAAGUCAAGAAAGCCUUGUCUUCAUUAAGUGGGGUUAAAUCUGUGGAGAUAAACAGGAAACAGCAGAAGGUGACAGUAACAGGAUAUGUAGAACAGAGCAAAGUGUUGAAGAAGGCAAAGUCAACAGGGAAAAAGGCAGAGAUAUGGCCGUAUGUACCCUACAAUCUUGUGGCACAACCCUAUUCAAUUCAAGCUUAUGACAAGAAGGCGCCCCCUGGUUUUGUCAGAAAAGUAGACAACCCAACAACUGGAAAUGGAACACUCACCAGAAUUGAGGACCCCUACAUCACAAUGUUCAGUGAUGAUAAUCCAAAUGCCUGCUCCAUCAUGUAA